ACUGCCUGGGAGAAGAAGGAAAGAAAAAAAUAAAGGAGACAGCCAGCACACACACAGCCUGGGAGACCAUCUACCUCUGUUUGUGCAAUAAGAAAGGGCAUUUAAAAGCGCCAUAAUUGCAUAGAACAAGUCGGACUUUGCUCCACUUUUGGCGUGUCUGCCAUUUUAAAACAGCCAGGCAGCGCGGAGGAUGAUGUGACGUUCACGUGAAAAGCAAACAAACGUGGAGCUCACUUAGCUGUCGCGUGGAUCUGGAGAAAAUCUCGGAAAUCUCAGCGCCUCAGCUCGGCUCGGAGUUCGGAAUAGGAACCACGCGCUCUGAGGACACUCAUUUGUCGUGUUUUGGCCGCCGCCUGACGCGCAUUCUGGGGACGGUUUUAUUUUUAUUUUUAUUUUUACCAAACUCACGCGGACGUAACGCCACGCGUGCCACCAGCCACCCGGACUCACAUCGGCUAAACAGCACGGAAUUACAUGAAAUGUCAUAUUUUUGUUGAAAUACUUAAACAUUGGGGAGGACGUAACAGCACCUAUUCUCUGUCACAUUGUGAUAUUGAGUGUCCGCCACGCAAACUUUUACGUGUGUGGCCUGGCUGGCUACUUUUGACAGCUAGCUCUUUAGCUCCAGGUUGCUAACGUUAGCUCCCCGUCAAAGCCGUAUUUGGGCUCUCUCAAGCGGGGGACUCGGAGGCACAAGUCCGCCUGAAGAGCCACGGAGGAGUCGGGAGGGGCUUGGCUUAGCUUUAGCAUUAGCUUAGCUUAGUUUAGCUUCAGCCGCAGUGUGCGGGAGUGAACACGUUGGACUCGUUCCUCCGCCCAUCUUCCGGGAUGUCGUUUAUUCAUUUUUGUUUACUUGCUGGCUCACGCCGCAAAAGCGAAACAAUUUCCUGAAGAAGAAUUACAUCUCGUAACAAACACCUCCUCCUCCUCCCCCGCCCCCCACUCGCCACAAGAAGGAUUACUCGGGCACUUUUUGUCUGAGUGGCGGAUGGUGCUCGACUCCGAGUCAGUUAUGUGGCUCCGGACUUUGGCUCUUGUUUUGGCCGCAGCCUGCUUCGUCACCACCACCGCGGAGAUCUGUCCGAGCAAGGACAUCCGUAACAAUGUAACCAACCUCAACUCGCUGGCCAACUGCACGGUCAUCGAAGGCCACCUGAAGAUCAUUCUCAUGUUUGGGACCAAGCCCGAGGAUUUCCGGGGUCUGGCGUUCCCCAAACUGACGGUGGUGACCGACUACCUGCUGCUGUUCCGCGUGUACGGCAUGGAAAGCCUCAGCGACCUGUUCCCCAAUCUGACGGUGAUCCGUGGCAACAACUUGUUCUUCAACUACGCCCUGGUGGUGUUUGAGAUGCUGCAGCUGCGCGAGCUGGGCCUCCACAGCCUGAUGAACAUCACCCGUGGAGCCGUCAGGAUCGAGAAGAACCCGGACCUCUGCUACCUGUCCACGCUGGACUGGUCCAAGAUACUGGACUCGGUGGAGGACAACUACAUCGUGGCCAAUAAGAACGACAGGGAGUGCGGGGAUGUGUGCCCCGGGGCGUCCGUGGGGAAGACCACCUGCCAGACCACCACCAUCAACGGACAUUUCAGCGAGCGCUGCUGGACGCAAAAGCACUGCCAGAGAAUGUGUCCUGUCCAUUGCAAACACCGCGCCUGCACCCGGGACCAGCAGUGCUGCCACGAGCAGUGCCUCGGCGGUUGCCUGGAGCCCCAGUCGGCCGCGCACUGCGUGGCCUGCCGGGGCCUCCAGCUCCGGGGCGGCUGCAUGGAGCGCUGCCCUCAUGGCUACUACACCUUCAAGGGCUGGCGCUGCGUCUCCUUCGCCUUCUGCCAGGAGCUCCACGACAGGUGCAAGCGGGAGAAGGAGCACAGCAAGAGCCCCGAGUGCCACGAGUACGUCAUCCACAACGGCGCCUGCAUCCCCGGUUGUCCCUCCGGCUACACCACCGUCAACUCGUCAGCGCUGAACUGCACGCCGUGCGCCGGGCUGUGCCCCAAGGUGUGCAUGGGUCUGAAAACCGUGGACUCGGUCACGGCUGCGCAGGCGCUGAGAGGCUGCACCAUCCUCAACGGCAGCCUGGUCAUCAACCUGCGCGGAGGAACCAACAUAGCGGCAGAGCUGGAAGCCAGCCUGGGCCAGCUGGAGGAGAUCACCGGCUACCUGACCGUGCGGCGCUCCUACGCCCUGGUUUCCCUUUCCUUCUUUCGCAAGCUGCGCGUCAUUCGCGGGGAGGAGACGGAAAUCGGCAAUUACUCCUUCUAUGCCCUGGACAACCAGAAUCUGCGACAGCUGUGGGACUGGUCCAAGCACAAGCUGAGCAUCCUGCAGGGACGCAUGUUCUUCCACUACAACUCCAAACUGUGCAUGUCCGAGAUCCGCAAGAUGGAGGCGGUCGCCGGCACCCGGGAGAAUAGGAACGACAUCGCGUCCAAGACCAACGGCGACCAGGCCUCGUGCGAGAAUCACGUGCUGAAGUUCACCCAGAUCCGCACCAUGAGCGAUAAGAUCAUGGUCAAGUGGGAAGCCUUCUGGCCUCCAGACUUCAGAGACCUGCUGGGCUUCAUGGUGCUCUAUAAAGAGGCGCCUUUUCAGAACGUGACCGAGUUCGACGGGCAGGACGCGUGCGGCUCCAACAGCUGGGUGAUCGCGGACGUGGACCCUCCGCCGCGCUCCACCGAGGGUGACAGGGACCACUUUGAGCCGGGCCACCUCAUCCUGCCCCUCAAGCCCUGGACGCAGUACGCCAUCAUGGUAAAGACGCAGCUCUCCGCCUCCGACGAGCACCAGGUCAACGGGGCCAAGAGCGACAUCAUCUACGUGCGCACCAAUGCCACCAAACCGUCGGUGCCUCUGGACCCCAUCUCGUCGUCCAACUCGUCCUCCCAGAUCAUACUGAAGUGGAAGCCCCCCAACGACCCCAACGGGAACAUCACACACUACCUGGUCUUCUGUCAGCGGCAGGCCGAGGCCAGCGAGCUCUACAAGUUUGACUACUGUCAGAAGGGGAUGAAGCUUCCCUCGCGGGUACCCACUCAGGUGGACGGCGACGAGGAGCAAAAGUGGAACCAGACGGAGGAGCAGGGCCCCGGGACGCGAUGCUGCGCCUGCCCCAAGACGGACAAGGAGCUCAAGAAGGAGAAGGAGGAACUGGAGUACCGCAAGACCUUUGAGAACUACCUCCACAACGAAGUCUUUGAGAUGAAACGCGCAAGACAACGGCGCUCCGUGAUGGGCGUGGCCAACCAAACGCGCGUAAUCCCCACCGCCACCUCCGGCAGGCCGUUUACCACCGCCGUCCCCGAGGAUGAGGAGGCGUUCGAGAGCACCAAGACGGUGGUGACCGUGCUGGCCAAGGAGUCUACGGUCAUCUCCAACCUGCGUCACUUCACCAGCUACCAGAUCGAAAUCCAUGCCUGCAACCACCCCACUGACUCGGCCCGCUGCAGCAUGGCGGCCUACGUCAGUGCCCGCACCAUGCCUGAAGACAAAGCCGACGACAUCACGGGCCCCAUCACGUACGAGGUGUCCGACAUGACUGCGCACAUCACCUGGCAGGAGCCCGCCGCCGCAAACGGCAUGAUCAUCCUGUACGAAGUGAACUACAAGCGCAUCGGGGACAGCGAGGAGCUGCACCACUGCGUGUCCAGGAACAUGUACAAAACCACGCGCGGCUGCAAGCUGCGGGUGAUGCACUCCGGGAACUACACGGUGAGGAUCCGAGCCACCUCCCUGGCCGGGAACGGCUCGUGGACCGAGCCCACGUACUUUUACGUGCAGGACGCCAGAGAUCCUCUCAACAUCGCAAAGAUUGUAAUCGGACCGGUCAUCUGCGUGCUGGUGCUGUUUGCAGCCUUGGCGGGAUUCGCAAUGUUCAAGAAAAACCAAACUCAAGGGCCCAGCGGUCCCAUCUACGCCUCGUCCAACCCUGAGUAUCUCAGCGCUAAUGACAUGUACGAGGAGGACGAGUGGGAGGUGGCCCGCGACAAGAUCAAAAUCCUGCGGGAGCUGGGCCAGGGCUCGUUCGGCAUGGUGUACGAGGGCAUCGCCAAGGACAUCAUCAAAGGCGAGGGCGAGACACGUGUGGCGGUCAAGACGGUCAACGAGUCAGCCAGCCUGCGCGAGAGGAUCGAGUUUCUCAACGAAGCCUCAGUCAUGAAGGCCUUCAGCUGCCACCAUGUGGUGCGUCUGCUUGGCGUGGUGUCCAAAGGCCAGCCCACCCUGGUGGUGAUGGAGCUGAUGACACACGGGGACCUGAAGAGCUACCUGCGCUCCCUACGCCCUGACGCCGAGAACAACCCGGGCCGUCCGCCUCCCACGUUGAAGGAGAUGAUCCAGAUGGCGGCCGAGAUCGCCGACGGCAUGGCGUACCUUAACGCCAAGAAGUUUGUGCACCGCGACCUCGCUGCCAGGAAUUGCAUGGUGGCUCAAGACUUCACUGUCAAAAUAGGAGAUUUCGGCAUGACCCGAGACAUUUACGAGACAGACUACUAUCGUAAAGGAGGGAAGGGCCUGUUGCCCGUCAGGUGGAUGGCGCCAGAGUCUCUGAAAGACGGAGUGUUCACUGCACAUUCCGACUGCUGGUCGUUCGGGGUGGUGUUGUGGGAGAUCAGCACGCUCGCCGAGCAGCCCUACCAAGGCCUCUCCAACGAGCAGGUGCUCAAGUUUGUCAUGGACGGAGGAUACCUGGACCGGCCGGACAACUGCACAGAGAGACUACACGAACUGAUGCAGAUGUGCUGGCAGUACAACCCCAAGAUGCGCCCGUCCUUCCAGGACAUCAUCGAGAUGCUGCGGGACGACCUCCACCCGUCCUACCGCCAGCGCUCCUUCUUCUACAGCGACGACAACAAGCCGCCCGAGAGCGCCGACGACCUGGACCUGGACGUGGACAACAUGGAGAGCAUCCCCCUGGACCCCUCGUCCUACUCGCAGCGGGACCUCCGCUGCUGCCCCGAACUGGACGGAGGCGGGGGAAGUUACGAGGAGCACCACAUCCCCUUCGUGCACAUGAACGGCGGCAAGAGCAACGGACGCAUACUGGCUCUACCGCGACACAGCCCCUCCUAACCGGACACCCCCACAGAAUCUGUUCUUUUUUUAUACAGAAACACACAUAAAUCACACUCUCCAGAGAACCCUCAAUGCAUAUCUCAGGAUUUUUACUUUUUGUCACACACACUACAGCGCUUUCUGUACGUAGCGCCUCCUGCGUCUUACCCCUGUACAUAGAUAUAAAUAGAGAGAGAAAUAUGAAUAUUGCCAAAUUUGUGGAUAAAGAAUUCAACUGUGAAACAAGGCUGCUAACAAACAAAAAAAAACUCAUUUUGAUGAAAGCAAGGGGUGGGAAACUACAUAUAUGGAACCCUGUCAAGGCAUCUGACGACAUCGAGCCCCCCAUCACCAAAAAAUGGAACCACCACGAAAAAGGUUGAAAAGGGGUUUUCCCCCCCUGCAACGAAAAGGCUUGAUUCUCUGGUUAUUGUGUGGGGGGGAAGAAGAAAAAUACAUAUAUGGACCCCUCGCCAAGGCAUCAGAGGAAGCGGAGCCCCGCAAAAACCGACAACCACAAAAGAUGUUACGCACUGCCGUGUUAAAAGGCUUCGUUCUCUGCUUGUUAUGAAAAUAACCGAGAAGGAAACUACAGUGGCGCCUUGACAUACGAGUGACACCACUUGGGAGUUUUUCGAGAUACAAUGCAAUUUUUUAUUUUUUAUUUUUGCUUUGACUAUAUGAACUAUAAGUGCUGUAUGGUGGUGGCAGUGAACUCGACUCGCUUCACAACAAGCAGCAGUCGGGCAGGUAGUGUAACAAUUCUUCAAAAAAAAGUCUUCAAACUAAACAUGAAACAAAGACAGUUACAUUAUUUGAAACAACCACAUGGAUUUGCCUGAGUAAAGUCUGUUUAGCUUUAUGCUAACAAACUAUGCAGCACGCUAUAGACAGGCCAACGAUAAGCUUCGGUGUUACAGUGCUAUAACACUAUAAGCAACAGAUAUUUUAAAACAAAGGUGCGUCAAGACGUGAACAGAUAAUUUAACAAUACUUGCAGGCAUAUAUUCUUUAUCCUCGUCAAAGAACGACUAAUAUUUCUCUGGCUUACUGUGAAACUUGACCGGCUCCAUAUAGCCGUAUGACGUAUGUCUGUAUUUUACUGCCCCCGGGUGGCCAUCGAAUGCAUACCAGAAGGAGCAGCACAAUGUCCAAUGAACUAAAGCAAAAACUGUUCAAAUUCUUUACAUUCUGAUUAAUGAUGUAAUUACUGUGUUUUUAUAAAGUACAAUAUCAUAGAGUGCUGUUUUUUUUUUUUUUUUUUUUUUUUUUUUUUUUAAAGUAGCAGUUUUUUUGGGGGGAGAGGAUGGAAUGAAUGAAUUGCCAUUUCCCUUUCAGUGCAGAAAGAUGGUUUAGGAUUGUUUUGAGUUACAAGUAUGGUCACGGAACGGAUUAAAAUCGUAUCUCAAGGCACCACUGUACAUAUACAGGGGCAUCAGAGGAACCGGAGCCCCCAACCAAAAAAAAAAAAAAAAAGAAAUAAUAUAAGCCACCACCAUGAAGAGGUUGAAAAAGGGUUCCCCAC